AUUGCAUCCAUGAUCAAAUCAAUGAUACUAUUUUUUUUUCUUUUCAACAUCUAACAAACUACUACGUAAACCGUGUUACCUUGGGACCUUAGGACUACAUUGUUGCUACAACAAGCAACCCCAAGGGUCUCAAUAAUUUUUAAUCACGAAACAUGUCGUCCAUUUAUAAUCUCGAGCCUCAGCCUACGGCUUCGCUCAUCCUUCAUACGACGCAAGGCGACCUGUCUGUCGAACUAUUCGCAAAACAAACUCCGAUCACAUCGCGAAACUUCCUUCAACUAUGUCUCGACGGAUACUACGACAACACGAUUUUCCAUCGUCUGGUUCCCGGAUUCAUUAUACAGGGAGGAGACCCUACUGGAACAGGAAAUGGGGGCGAGUCUAUCUAUGAUGGCGGUGCGUACAGCGGUGAUCUAGACCCAUGGCCAAUGGACCAACGUCGCGGCAAGAAUGCUGGUCCCACGGGCAUGAAUUUCAAAGAUGAAUUUCAUUCAAGAUUGAAGUUCAACCGGAGAGGUCUAUUGGGUAUGGCCAACGAGAGCAAGCCGGAUACGAAUGCCAGCCAAUUCUUCUUCACUCUGGACAAGGCAGAAGAGCUAAAUGGCAAGAACACCAUGUUUGGGAGGAUAGUGGGCGAUACAAUCUACAACUUGGCACGCAUAGGCGAGGCGGAGGUAGCAGAAGGGACCGAACGGCCUCUGUAUACUAUACGAAUUACGAGCGUCGAAAUAUUAGUCAACCCUUUUGAUGACAUGAAAAAGCGAGAAAGGAUAGCCAAGCGCGUUCACGAGACAUCCACUGCACAGAAGAAAAAGAAGACGAAACCGAAGGCGGGCAAGAAGCUAUUGAGUUUUGGCGACGAUGAGGGCGACGAUGACGCGCCAGUGCUCAAGAAGGCCAAGUUCGAUUCGCGAAUAGUUAUGGACGUGGACGAAGAGCCAGCACCUACCAUAAAGCCACCAAAGAGCAACUCUAAAAAGGAUGAAAGAGGCAUUAAGUCCACUAUACCAGUUCGUGAAAUCCGAACUGACGCAACACCGGAAAGAAAGACAUCGACUCAACCAACGAAAAGUGAACCCGUUCCUAUCCGAGAUGAAUUAUCACCCGAACCAGAAUCACCAAAGGAGAAAUCUGCGCUAGAACGGGCAAACGAAGAAAUAGCAGCACUGAAGGCCUCUAUGAAACGGACUAUCCAUUCAGAGCCAGUUAAGGAGGUCAAGAAAACAGCGUUAGAGCAGCUAAUCCCAGUGUCUUCUACGAGGGGCCGGAAAAGACGAAGAGGCGGCGAAGGAAACACAACGGGUGAAGACUUGAUGUUUUUCCAGGCGUUUCGUUCCAGGCUUCGCCAGGUGGGGCCCGAAAAAGAACAGCCAAAUGUCUCAGUGGCAGAGAACAGUGCUGAGCAGGAACCGGGAGAACAAGACGAUGAGGCGGGAUUGUGCGAUUUACAUUUCAUAGCAAAUUGUCAAAGUUGCAACUCGUGGGAUAAGGCGGAGAAGGAGGAGAGCGACGAUGAAGGGUGGAUGUCACAUUCUUUGAGCUUUACGGCGGAUAAGCUGGGCAAGGACCUUUCUUAUCGGAAGAAGGCUGAAGAGGAACUACUUGUUAUUGAUCCGCGAGAAAAGGCGCGGACGCUCAAGGAGGAGAAGAAAGCGCAGAGAGAGGCACAGUCUGGAAAUUCGGGGCGAGAAUGGGACCAAGCAAGGAAUGCCAAGUCGGCAAGGACAUCUGUUCUAGCUGGGAGAGGUGCUCGAUAAUUUUGGUUUCCACAACGCUAUGGAGUGUUCUUGUAUUGCGUUCUAGAACUGGUUUGAAAUGAUCAUGAUACCCCUCAAGCUAUAGAGAUUCCCAUAAUGUUCUGAUACUGAAGCGUAGGUAGCAGACAUAUCCCAAUAGCACCUCCAGUGUUCCGAGAGAAAAGGGGGUCGCCUGCCUAUGGUAGUGAAGCCAUCGUAUUUGACCAGUUCAUACACAAGAUCACCCCCAAAAACGAUUUAGUUGGCUGGGUUGGCUGGGUAGAUAUUUCAUAACAAUCGUAUAUAGUAUUGGCGAUCGGACUUCAGUGAUAUAUAGUAAUAUUUGAUGAUCUAU